AUGUUCGCUCGCGUGUUCGUCCUUGCUCUCUCGCUCCAAGGCGCCGCCGGCUUCAGCUCGACACCUGCCUGCGAGCCCUGCGAGGUUGGCAUGGCAGACUGCCCGACGUGCUGCGGCGACAUUUACACCGAGACAAACAAGUACCAGGGCCAGAGCUGCUCUGAGAUGAUUCUUGACAACCCGUGCGACGGUAGCUACUCUGGCUGGUACGGCCAGUACUGCUGCACGACGUGCUCCUCGCCUGACCAAAUGGUCACGGGCUAA